AUUCAACACAAACAAAGAUGGUUACCUAAGCUUAGAUGAAUUAAAACGUAUGAUGGAGGUCUUGGGUGCCCCACAGACCCAUAUAGGCCUGAAGGGUAUGAUAAAAGAAGUAGAUGAAGAUGGUGAUGGUCGUCUUUCUUUCCACGAGUUCAUGUUGGUUUUCCGAAAAGCUCGUGCGGGCGAAUUGGAUGAGGACUCUGGUUUGGGCCAACUUGCCAGGUUAACAGAAGUCGAUGUAGACAAAGUUGGUGUAAAUGGAGCCAAGGAAUUUUUUGAAGCCAAGAUCGUAGAAUUAUCUAAAAAGAGCAAAUUUGAAGAUGAAAUUCGCCAGGAACAAGAGGAACGUAAGCGCAUGGAAGAAGAGAGAGCAAUGAGGAGACAAGAUUUCUUGCAGAAAGCUGCUAUUUUUAAGUAAUAUCUUUUUUUUUAUCGUAACUGACAUCUUACAAUUCUAACUCUUUUCUAAUUAUACCUGACACAAGUAGACUGUAUUUAUAACAAUCACCUUUCAAUAUUUUAUCUAUUUAUAUGACAAAUUAAAAAAGUUGAGCUGAAAGUAAUUUUUUUUAUAAACGCUUAUACACUUUAAUGGUUUUUAUUAAUUUAUCCACGUUUCUGUUGUAAAUAAGUCUAAGUAUGUUUGUAGUUAAGUAAUAUAAAUUUUAAGUAAUAAUUAUAAGCUUAUAUUUGUAGUAUUUGAUUGUGAUAAGUUUUCUUGUACAAUAAAGUUUUAUAUUAUU